UUUGUGCAGAACAUCAGAUGUUGGCAGUUGUGUUUAACCAGACUUACUUGUUUGACGACCAGUGUAGGUGAUAGUUAUAAUAUCCAUUACCCACCAGUAUCUGUUUGGCAAACACGAUUUGCUGUUGCCACAACGUCACACAGAGCCGGGGAAGACAGAAGGAAAGGACACAGGACAGGGCAGCAGCAGUCCCUGAGAUGGACACUUCUCCAAGGCAAUACAAAUGUGAACAAGACAACAAUAUCAAACGUCUGAGCAAGCAAAUCCUCGCCAUUAUUGCUGUUGGUUUCGUUAUUCUUGUCGGGCAGUAUUCCCUAUGGCCAACAUUACAACCCUCCGCUGCAAUGCCACCUCACUUUUCCAUGGAGGAGCCAAAGGCAACAGCCUGGUCAAAUUGGUCAGAUUCUACCACACUAAAACCCAUCAAGAACACUGUCAUUGUGCUGUGGUACUGGCCCUUUGGCGGAUCGGUCACUCUUGCUGAUAAUUACUGCAUGGAUAACUAUGGCAUUCCCAACUGCGACGUAGUGGGCAAUCAGUCCUGGUUCCCCAAAGCAGAUCUGGUGGUGUUCCACAACCGUGAGUUGGUCAACGGGCAGCGGAGGUUACCCCUGAAUCUGCCUCGGCCAAAAACCCAGAAGUGGGUCUGGCUAUCCUUGGAGAGUCCUCCACAUAAUGGGAAUAUGAGGCCCCUAGCCGGCCUCUUCAACUACACCAUGUGUUAUCGCCGGGACUCAGACAUUUAUGCGCCGUAUGGGUGGCUUGUGCCAAGCAAAGCUCCGAAUGGCACAACCGUUGAGGACUUUAUACCAAAGGGCAAAACUGCUCUGGCCUGUUGGGUGGUGAGCAACUACCAGGCUAGACAUAAGAGGACACAAGUGUAUAACAAGCUGAAGAAUGUCAUCCCAGUGGAUGUGUAUGGAGGUGCAAGAAAUAAGCGUAUCUCUGCAGAUAGUCUCCUACCCACAGUAUCUCGUUACUAUUUCUACCUCUCCUUUGAGAACAGCAUUGCUACAGACUACAUCACGGAGAAAGUUUGGAAAAAUGCCUUUAAGGGUGGAGCCAUACCGGUGGUUUUAGGUCCGUCGCGGAAACAAUACGAGGCGGUCUUGCCAAAGAACUCCUUCAUCCAUGUGGACGACUUCAGCACAGUAGAGGAACUGGGCAUCUUCAUGAAGGCUCUGGCUGCGGACAAAGAGCGCUACGCUUCCUACUUUGCCUGGCGUCUGAACUACACCGUUGCUGGUGCAGGAUGGGUGGAGAGACUGUGCAGGAUCUGUCCGAUUAUUAGCAGUUUGCCCACAUCAAAGAUAUAUAAGGACUUACAUGGCUGGAAUUGGCAAUGAAAGCUGGAAGAAAAAUAUGUACAAGAGUGUUACUGUAGCCUAUGCAAUCUCACUUGACUUUUAGGCACUUUCAAGUGUUUGUAAUAACUACACAGAUACGUACUGUAUAGUAGCCAAUACUACUCUUUGAAGUAGGGAAAGCUGACACAAAUUCAGAAAAACAAUCAGGUAAACAUUAUUAGCUUAGUCUAGCUGCCACUUCACACAGCUCACAAGUUACCUGACGAGAGAUUCACCCUCAGCACAAUAUGUCUCAAAGGUAUCCAAUGUUUAAUCUUAAAGGCAUCCAAUGUUUAGCUUUUCAGUUUCUUUCCCUCACUGGGCUCCCUGUAUACUGUAUACUGUAAAUAUGAUAUCUAUGUUGAGUAUAAUGUCUUCACUCUUUUGUCAUCAUUAAAAUACAGUAUGUCGCC